GGUUUUUUUUUUUUUUUUAUGCGUAAUCAUGAGAAUUUGAGGAUAAAGUAAGGUUAUUUUGGUGUUCUGAGUUGGGUCUGUGACUGUGACUAAUAAAUGAGAUUCUGAUGUGGGUUUUUUGAGAUUCUGUGUUUUUCCAUUGCUACCUUUCAUAUUUGUUCUUUAUUGAUUGACCAUCAAAAGUAUGUUUGUAAAUGUUCUUUGUUUGUAUUUGUUCAAUUAUGGGUUUUGCUUGGGAUGGUAGAUCCUGAAUUUGGUAAUUUGGCUUUCUAGUGGGUAAGAGAUGGUUUCAGAGUCGUGGUUUCGUAAUUUGUGGAGAAAUCCCCGAAAGCAUGAUGCUUCUGAAAAAGUGGUGAUAGGAGUAUUAGCAUUUGAAGUUGCUAGCUUAAUGUCAAAGCUGGUUCAUAUGUGGCAGUCAUUGAACGACAAGCAGGUCGCUAGGUCGAGAGAGGAGAUCACAAAUUCAGUUGGCAUAAAAAAGCUUGUGUCAGAUGAUGAUGAUUAUAUAGUAGGUUUGAUUUGUGUGGAGAUGGUUGAGAAUAUGGGAUGUGUGGCAAAAUCUGUGGCUAGGCUGGCCAGGAAAUGCAACGAUCCUAAUUUGAAGAAUUUUGAGCUCGUUUUUGGGGAGUGGAUGAAGGUUGGUGCUGACCCGCAUGGUUGGGCAUUUAGUUCGAAGAAAAUGGAUAAGAAAGUCAAGAAAAUGGAAUGGUUUAUUUCAGUCAAUGCUACUUUGUACCAAGAGAUGGAAUUGCUUACUGAUCUUGAGCAAACACUGAGGAGAAUGAAGAAUAUUGGCGGGGAGCAAGAUAAUUUGAUUGAAUUUCAGAAGAAGGUUGCUUGGAAGCAGCAUGUAGUGAAGAAUCUGCAGGAUAUCUCUCCUUGGAACAGGACAUAUGAUUACAUGGUACACCUUCUCGCCAGAUCUCUAUUCACAAUAUUCGGUCGGAUCAAGCAUGUGUUUGGAGUUAAUGAGACACUCGAUGUUAAUGAAUCUGGGUUUUCAGAUUCUGAUUUUAUUGAUCGUAGCCAAUCAGUUUCUGCAUUGAUGCAAUCUUCAGUUCAUCAAUCUGAAAAUAGCAGUCUUCCUAGAUUUUCUUCUGGUCCCCUAGGAAGGUUUACUACAACAUCUGGUCCAAUUUCUAAAACAAGCAAGACCAGUUAUAUCCAUUCGGUUCCUCCUCAUGGCUCUAUCGCAAAGUCAGGUCCUAUUUCUGGAAAGGACCGGAAUAUCCACUUUUAUUCUGGACCCCUUGGGAAGACGGCAACCAAAUCAGGCUUGAUUUCUGGAACUGAUAAAUCGAGCAAGAAGAAGUGGUGGAGUCAUGUGCAAUCACCAUUCCAUCAGGGAAAGAAACCACAACGUAAAUCCAACCAAUUGACUGCAGUAGGACCUUUGAAUGGCCAGUUUAUGGCUAGGCAUAGCACUCAUGUUGUCAAUGGUCUGUUGAAUUCAAACAAUCCUCUAGCGACUGUCAGGGUAAGUGAUGCAGAUAGCAUUCCUCAGGGUCAGGGCACUGCGUACCCAUCACGAUUUUGUCCACAGCAUGGUUUGUUGAAAGCUCCUCCUGAAACCCUUGGUGCUGCUGCAUUAGCUCUGCAUUAUGCAAAUGUUAUAAUUGUAAUUGAGAAGCUAGUGGCAUCUCCUCACUUGAUUGGUAAUGAUGCAAGAGAUGACCUCUACAACAUGCUACCUGCAAGUUUGAGAUCUGCUCUUAGGGCAAAGCUAAAGCCAUAUAAAAAGAGCUUGGCCUCAUCGGAUUACGAUACAGAUCUUGCAGGAGAGUGGACUGAUGCAAUGACAGCAAUAUUAGAAUGGUUGGCUCCACUUGCUCAUAACAUGAUAAGAUGGCAAUCUGAGCGGAGUUUUGAGCAGCUAAACUUUGUUUCGAGGACAAAUGUACUUCUGGUUCAGACCAUCUACUUUGCAAAUUUGGAGAAGAUAGAGGCAACAAUCACUGAGCUUCUUGUUGGUCUGAAUUAUAUCUGGAGAUUCGGUAGAGAAGUUAAUGCAAAAGCUUUGCCUGAAUCUGCCAGCGCUAGCGUGUUUGAUAAAUAUUUGGACCUAGAAGCGUGAAAAUCUUCUCCGCUCCUUAUAGUGGCCCGCUUGGAAUCCUAAUUACCUCAAAAAUUUACUGCAUCCCGUGUAUGGCCAAAAUGGUAGUCCCGGACUCUGAUGUGAGGUUCUCGAUUCCACCUGGUGAUAUUGAUAAUUUGCUUGGUCUUGUUGCAACCACCUGAGACGUGAUAUUGUAUUCUGAAAAUUACAGCCAUUGGUGCGCGUAUGAUAUAUUAUGCGAUCGCCCUUUUAGUUUAUUCUGUUCUUUCUGGUGAGUGCUGAUUAUCUUUCUUGCCGUCUGUGAAACGUGGCUGCUCUACCUGUUCCUGGUAAAAGCCCAUUACCAUUUCUAUUCAAGUCUUCUUUCCAUGAAAUGCAUAUAUUUGUUAGUUAUACCCCCCAUUAAUAGAAUUGCAAAUCUUUCUACAUUAAGGAGAUUUCAUGUUGGGCA